AUGGAGUCAGACUUGGUUUCUAUUUUUAAGCAUCACAAAAAGAUCCAUAUCAGUCUCUUCAUAUCUAUCUAUCUAUCUAUCUAUCUAUCUAUCUAUCUAUCUAUCUAUCAUUUCACUCUACGCAACGCAAUAAAAACACAAAGACGGAAGCGGAUAGGAACUCCUGUAAUGCAACGUCGUCGUCUUUCUGUCUCAACCCCUCUCUCUCUCUCUUUUUGGCUUUCUUGUUUGGUUCGGCAAGUCUGUUUGCCUGUUGGUACUAGUGUCGUCAUGUCUUUCUACCCACUGCUUCUGUUAGCCACUGAUGCUGAUUCCCACAGAAACAUCUAUUUAACCAUAGUAGGGCAAUCGGGUCGAAUAUUCAGCGCCUCCUGUAACAAAGACAAAUCUAUCUAUCUAUCUAUCUAUCUAUCUAUCUAUCUAUCUAUCUAUCUAUCUAUCUAUCUGGGGUUUCUUAAAUGUUAUCUAUCUAUCUAUCUAUCUAUCUAUCUAUCUAUCUAUCUAUCUAUCAGUUUUCUUAAAUAUCUGUCUAUCUAUCUGUGGUUUCUUAAAUGUUAUCUAUCUAUCUAUCUAUCUAUCUAUCUAUCUAUCUAUCUAUGGUUUCUUAAAUGUUAUCUAUCUAUCUAUCUAUCUAUCUAUCUAUCUAUCUAUGGUUUCUUAAAUGCUUUUCUAUCUAUCUAUCUAUCUAUCUAUCUAUCUAUCUAUCUAUCUAUCUAUCUAUGUUUUCUUAAAUGUUUCUCUAUCUGUCUAACUAUCUAUCUAUCUAUGAUAAAAUAUAGUUAUGCUAUAUUCAUGUUUCUUUGCAAUCUCAGCUUCUUUCUUUCAGUCUGUUUCUUAAAUGUUAUCUAUCUAUCUAUCUAUCUAUCUAUCUAUGGUUUCUUAAAUGUUAUCUAUCUAUCUAUCUAUCUAUGGUUUCUUAAAUGUUUUUCUUUCUAUCUAUCUAUCUAUCUAUCUAUCUAUCUAUCUAUCUAUCUAUCUAUCUAUCUAUCUAUCGUUUCUUAA